UCGUGCCUACAUUUCACUUUUUUCAGUUAGCCCCUCCUGCUUGAGUACUGAUCCCUCUGCAAAAAUGAUAAAGAAUCGCUUGGUUCUCUUUUUGGUUGUGAUGAUGGUGAGUUCUUGCUGCAUGCCUUGGCCGCGGAUGAUGGCUGUAGGUAGAAUAUUCGAUCAGGAGCAGUGGCAACACCAUGUUGAGAAAGGAGUAGCCACCAUGGAAGGAAGAAAUAGAGCAGCUAAGACCUCGGCAAAAAGCACAGACAACCACCAUAACAUACCCAGGCAAGACUGGGGUAACGACUCUCCCCCAGCUGAUGAUGGCAACGGUGAUGGAGGAAGUGGGUAAACAACAGUUUUACCCAUUAAUACAUAUGUUCAAGAGUU